UCUAAAUAUGUUAUGUUAAUAAUAAUAAUAAUCAGUUAGCCUAAUUUGAAAUUGCGUGAGAUAUGGCCAAUGCAUUUUGCUAAUUCGAGUUUGCUACGGAUUACUGUUUUUCUACCCUGGGUACCAGACUCACUCUUUUAUUUUAUAUAUAGUGAAUCUGGUACCCAGGGUACUUUUUUUUCAUGCCUGGUUCAUAAAGUUAUGAACCAAGACCAAAUCACAGAGGUUUUCGAUAGGGAAGGAGCCUUUGCUUAUGAGGGCAUAUCUUAGCCAAUUUGUAAUGCCUUAAACUGAUUUUGCAUAUUUGGAGGUAUAUCAUGAUUCUUUUUCAAGCUAUAGGAUCAAAAUUCAAAACUAUAAAAUAGAUUUUUAUGACGUCAUCACCUCGUGACUCAGGUGAAUACUUGUAAUAACACUUUAAUCGGGUCAUGUGCCCGGUUUUUCACCAGAUACACAAAUUUAUUAUAAGAAAUUUUGAAAACUCUCGUUACCAGUAUGAAAAACAGUAGAUUUCCAGACCUUGGAAGGUGGGCUGCAGUCACAUCUCUUGACAAAGGCAAACCUGUUCGAACAGUAGACAAAAAUUUCCGUCCAGCUAGUGUGCUUAACACUUUUUCCAAGAUAAGACAAAGAUCAAAUUAGUCCUCAUCUCGAUAAAACCCUGUCCGCUUUCGUUGCUGCCUACAGGAAGGCUUUUAUUGCUGCCUACAGCAUAUCGUAAUCAAAAUGCUUGAAGACUGGAAACUCAAAUUGGACAAUGAUUACAUUGUCGGAGCAGUACUGAUGGAUUUAUCAAAGUCCUUUGACUGUAUUCCGCAUGACCUUCCUAUUGCAAAACUUCAUGCUUAUGGUUUUGAUGAAAGUUCUCUAGUCCUUAUUUACUCCUAUUUAAAAAGGCGCUUACAAGCAGUUCGAAUAAAUGAUACUUACAGUGAUUUUCAAUCUUUUUAAUCAGGGGUACUGCAAGGAUCAGUCCUUGGCCCUAUUCUUUUCAAUUUCUGCAUUAAUGACCUGUUUUAUUUCAUUAAAAAGGCUUCUCUUGUAAAUUACGAAGAUGACAACAAAUUAACAUAUUUUUAAAAUGACCUGCCUCAAUUAAUUACCGUCUUGGAAAAAGAAGCAAGCAUCGCCCUUGCCUGGCUCAAUCAGAAUGAAAUGAUUGCUAACCCAGACAAAUUUCAUGCUCUUCUAGUCAGAAAGAAUAAAAAAGUACCAUUGGACAUUUCUAUCCAAGGGAAAACUAAAAAUUCUGAAGCUUCAGUAAAGUUGCUUGGCGUAACUAUAGAUCACAAACUUAAUUUUGACAUUCACAUAUCCGAACUUUGUAAAAAAGCAGCAACCCAGCCAAAUGUGCUCAAAAGACUUAAAUCUGAGCCUGAUGCUUGAUUGACGUGAAACUUUUGUAAUUUAUGAUAAUUAUUUAGCUGUUUCGCAUCAUUAUGGGAUAAAACUAACAAGGAUAUAAACAAAAAAAAUACAAAAUUUCGGUUAAAGAGUUUCAAGGAAUUUUGAAAAAUUUCAGCCUCGCUUUAAGGAAGUUAAAAUUUGAAAAAUGGAAACACUGGUGUGAUCAGAUCCCGCAUAAUGUUAUGCUUUUGACAAAAUAAUGGCCAAAAAUCACCAUUUAGCAUAAUUUGGAAUUUAUCAUAACUCUGGCAUAAGUUUGAUAUUUUCUAUUAAAAAACAUUGUUUCCAUUGAUCCGUUGUCUAUCACUACCGAAUGCAAACAAUUCACACCAGCAUCUGUGGUUAUCAUUUUGGAGUAUAUCGUGACUUUACACUUUCAGGGUUGCAAGAUUUUUGGAAUGAUUGGUAGCUUAAUAUUUUCACUUGCCUUUAUCUGUAAUUAUCUGUUAGCUAUUACUUUGUUUGAUGUUUUAUCUUGACAUUUCCGAUUUCAAACCAACAAUUUUGAUAUAGCUGCUAACACGAAUGGCUUGAAAAUGAAUUUAGCAAAUUGUAUCGUUUUUCAAUAUAGGACUAUGCCAAAAGGAUCUUUUUGUAGAAAUAGGUCUAGCCAACGGUUUUAUUUUCGCAAAAAUUAAUCUAGCCAACGUUACAAGUUUUAAUGUACUAACAGCAGACCUCUACCCGAAAUUUAGCCAAUAACCCGUGAUUUUUAAAUCAAGCUUUAGAGACAGCAACAUCUAACAAUACCCGGGGUACCAGAGCCACUUAUAAAUUCGUGUGCGGAAUGGAGACAGGAGUUGAGAAGCAGUACAGCAUCUAACUGGGAAGAAGAACAAUAUAAGGUAAACCUCACCCAUUGUCGUUCUGAUGUCUCAUUGUAUUUUUCAAAUAAUGAUUCCACGUAAAAGUCGGCAGACCGUUGAUUUUUGGCUGUCUUUAUCACAUGUCACAAUGGCAAUGAGCUCAUGUCACAAUCACAAAGAAAGAUCAUGAACUGUAACAACCCAUAUUUUGUCACUGGACAGAAGACAAAUAAUGAGGCAGUACAGAUGAAAAUAGCAUUUAAGGUAAAACCUGGCAAAAAGUAACCCAAAUGCUCAAAGCAUUAUGGAUCACUCGGUUAUUGAGGACAGUCCAAGUGAGCAACAAAUGAAAGAAAACCGUAAAAAAUGGAGAGUCACAUGCAGCUGGUUACCCAAAAGAUAUUUGCUGGCAAUCCUAAGCUUUUUGGGAUUGUUAAAUCUCUAUUCAUUACGAGUCAAUCUCAGUGUUGCCUUAGUUGCCAUGGUUUCAAACAAAACGAUAACCAACUCUUCUGGCUAUGUUGUUUGUACAGAGCCAGCAGACUUUUCUUGGAACACAAAAGAACAAGGUAUCAUCCUGAGCUCUUUCUACUAUGGUUACAUCAUCACCCAAAUACCUUCUGGAUAUCUUGCAGCCCGUUUUGGUGGGAAAAACCUUUUUGGUGGAGGUAUUCUAAUGACAGGACUGUUUACAUUACUAACACCAUUAGCAGCAAGAAUGAGUAUUAAGUUUCUCAUAGCUGUUAGAGUGUUGCAAGGAUUAUCUCAGGGCGUCACUUUUCCAUGCAUGCAUGCGAUUUGGAGCAGAUGGGCUCCACCAAUUGAAAGAAGCAGGCUGUCAACGAUAUCUUUUUCAGGAACAGUUGCUGGAACGGUUCUUGGAAUGACAUUGUCGGGAGCGAUGGCCUGGCCCGCUGUUUUCUACUUCUUUGGCCUUGUUGCAGUUAUUUGGAGUGUUUUUUGGUUUUGGAUGGCUACUGAUUCUCCUUUCGAUCAUCCUACGAUUACAGAUAAGGAACUUGCUUAUAUCAAACAGGAAUUAUCAGACGAUAAGACCGAAUCAAAAUUAACAACGGUUCCGUGGAAGGAAUUACUCUCAUCUGGUCCCGUGUGGGCAAUUAUAAUCGCGAAUUUUGCAGGGAGCUGGGGCCUUUGCAUACUACUUACGUCACUUCCGACUUAUCUCAAGCUGAUGCUAAAGUUUGAUCUACAAAAGGCAGGGUUUCUGUCCGCUCUUCCCUAUCUCAUAAUGACCAUAGUGAUUCAGAUAGGGGGACAGCUUGCAGAUUUUCUACGGUCUUCGGAAAGAAUGUCAACCACUACUGUUAGAAAGCUUUUUACUGCAAUAGGGUUCAUGUCCCAAGGACUUUUUGUGAUAAUCGUUGGGUACAGUACAAGCAAAAAUAUGGCCCUUUUUGCUUUAGUCAUGGCUGUCGGAUUCGGUGGCUUUGCAUGGAGUGGUUUCAUUAUCAAUCACCUUGAUAUAGCACCACGCUAUGCAAGCCUCCUUAUUGGAAUGAGCAACAGUUUCGCUACCAUUUCAGGAAUUGUCGGUCCUCUUGUUGUUGGAUUUGUCACUACACACGAGACUAGAGAAGAAUGGCAAAUAAUAUUCUUCCUGUUAGCGGCAGUUUACGGGUUUGGAACUCUGGUUUUCUUGAUUUUUGCCUCCGGUAAGAAGCAGCUGUGGGCAGAUCCGUAUGGGCACCAAAGUAUUUCUGAAGACAACGAUGAUAAAGACAUGUUGAUGAAAGAGGGAAUCAAGGAUGAGAAAGGCACCCCAUCGGCUACCAAUGAAACUUUUGAGAAGAAGGAAGCAGAAACUCUCAUGCCAGUUGUUGUUGUCAGUUAUGGUUCAGUUUCGUUGGACACAUCUAAAGACUUAUAAACUUGUACUUUCGAGACAGCUUUAUCUAAAUUUGCUUGUUCCCAUUUCCAAUGAGGUGCAGUUCAAUAUUUUCAAUAAGCUACCAAUAAAACGGAUAAAAGGGAAGAACCAUAAUCUCUAGAAAUGAAGGGAAUUUCGAAUUAAUAAGUGAUUCUUUUCAAAUAUCUAGUUAUUUGCGUAAGUAGGUUUUAUCUCUUUAUCUUAAAUAGAUGGGGGAUUAUACGAGCAGUGCUGUGUUCAAAUAUUAUUAUUAAGAUGAAUACUAUUGCGAAGGAGACAGAAAACCUCCAUUUUGGUCCAGGGCUCCGGGACACAUGGUGAGAAGGUCUUACCAUAUUUGGCAUUUCCGGCAUCUCUUCGCAUUACGCCCUCCCGUCGCCAGUAUUGAUUAGAAUUAGAUGCACGAGGCAUGGAGAGAGGUUCGCUCUCUUGAGUAUAAAUAAUCACUUAUAAUCAUAUAUAUAUAUCUUCUUGUUAGAAAGCAUGUGUCUCUCUGUGGUACACACCUAUGUCCCGCCCAAGUCACAACAAAUACAGAACGCAAAUUAA